GCAAAAAUUUUCUCUUCGGCACAGUCUUCGAAUUUUUGGGUGAAAUGCGAAGAAGAAAUUUUUGAGAGAGAAAAAUUGAAUUUUGUGACUAAUUUCUCCGUGCAGGAAGUUUCUCUGAAAGUGGCAAAAAAAAGAAAGGAAUUCAUCUGUGUGGGAGAUGUCGGAUGCAGGGCAGAAUUUUUAUGUGAAUCGAGGAACGAACGCCCAGGAGACAGCAAUUGACGUCGAUGCAGGAAGUACUGGUGCAGAGGAUACGCGCCCAACAGAGGGAAGACGCCUGACGAAUACCUUUAGACUUCCACCAUCAUCUCCCAUUGCCAUUAUGACGACCAAUUGGCGUGAACUCACGCACAUGAUACACUCAUCCUUCCUGGCACAGCAGUCGAGAACGAUGAAUAAUUUUAGUACUUGGCUACCAACAAGUGGAGGCCCCACAGCUGUACGCAGCACCGGCACUACAACGCACUCACCCAGCUCAGAUAGUUUUGUGAUAAAUCUCGAUGGAGCAUCGGGGAAUCAGCAGGGAAUGGCUGAAGCGCAGCAGCAAGCAAUUAAUCCUCCACCUGACUCCCCAGCAGCACAGGAGAUGAGGCCACUAAACCCGCAACAUCACCAUCAUCAUCAUCAUCACACCCAUGCAAGGGAUGAUCCUCCCGAGGGACCUGCAGCGGAAGCAUUGGCACAGAUGCCAGAGACAAGGGCAUUCCUAUUGACACUCAGCAGAUAUAUGCCCUAUGUAUGCAUUCUCCUGGCUAAAUCCUGCUAUGACCACAUCGAUGGUAUUCUCGAUUGCUUUGCCCUCUUCAUCACAUUCUCCCACGCAAAUUGGGUGGUACGCCAGGAGGUGGCAAAGAAGCAAAAUAAGCGCAUCCUUGCCCUUCUCCGGGAGCUGAUUUACAUCAUUCUGGCCAUUGCAAUUGUGGGAUUUAUGCUUGAGCGGAAAAACAUCUACAUAAGUCUCAUGUUUGCUACGUCCUUCAGUGAACCCUUUGGCCUCAGGAAUCUCCUCUUCUCCGUCGGCAUUACUGAUCUCAUACUCAAACUAAUAACUGUGGGUGUGAAGAUCCUCAUUACGCUCCUCCCGCCGUCUGUGUUGGAGUACAAAGGUCGUGGACGGGUGUACCUCAUGGCGGAAGCUGUAUCACAACUCUAUCGUGCCCUGGCACCCAUUCAACCAUGGUUGGUCUUUCUCCUUGACUCCUACACGUCAUACGAGAGGAUUGCGGGUGUUAUCCUCGCAGCCGCGUACAUGGCAGCCAAGGGUAGUGAUCUCCUGCAGCGGGCAAAAUUCGUUAAACGCUCCUUCAUCAAGCUCCUCCAGAAUGUCAGCUUCGGCGUGACACCGUCUAAGGAGCAACAACAAACAGCUGGUGGGGUAUGCCCCAUUUGUCAUGACUUCUACACGAAUCCCAUUCUCUUGGAGUGCAAUCAUAUCUUUUGCGAAUCCUGCGUGGGCACGUGGUUCGACAGAGAGCAAACAUGCCCCCUCUGCAGGGCCAAAGUCGUCGAGGACCCUUCAUGGAAGGAUGGCGCCACGACGUUCUUCGUUCAAUUCUACUGAUGAUACGAUACCUAAGGUGAUUUUCCCGGGAAAUACUUUCCCAUUUAUUCCAGAUUAUUGAUUAAUUAAUUAAUUAUUAUUAUAUACAAUUUUGGAGAGUGUGUGAAUAAAAAAAAACUUGAAGGAAAAAA